UCUAGAACAAGGACUAACACUUGCGGAGGCUUCGAACAUUAUUUUGGAUUUCUUUUUUUUAAUUUUCUAUUUUUUUAAAAAAAUGCCUCGAUCCUUCCUCGUUAAGAAGGUGAAAUUGGAUGAUUUCCACUCUUCUUCUGCAGUCUCAGCUACAGAACAUCACCUUGAUAACGCGUAUGCAAUAACCAAGUCUAUUACAGACUCUGUAGGGAGCUUAGGGCUCCGGGUCACGGAGAACGGGUACAUCCACAGUUACAUCAGCCCAUCUGUGUACGAGAACGGAGCAGAGAGGCAGAGUGGUCUCGGGACCCCCGACCCUGUCUAUACCAAAGUCAACGAGGUGUAUGGAGACCCCGAGGGGCUGGAGCCCGACAGCCCGCAGUCGGGGCUCACCACCGGCUACUUCAGCGGGGAGGCGGCGGCGGUCAGCGAGGGCUACAGCAUGGACGCCUUCUUCAUCACGGACGGCCGGUCGCGGAAGCGUCCCGAGAGCGCGCCGCGGGAGCGCGCCCAGCGCCACACGUGCAGCGAGUGCGGCAAGACGUACGCCACCUCGUCCAACCUGAGUCGCCACAAGCAGACCCACCGCAGCCUGGACAGCAAGCUGGCCCGCAAGUGCCCCACCUGCUCCAAGGUCUACGUCUCCAUGCCCGCUCUGGCAAUGCACGUCCUCACCCACGACCUCAAGCACAAGUGCGAGACGUGCGGCAAAGCCUUCAGCCGCCCCUGGCUGCUGCAGGGGCACGUCCGCUCCCACACGGGCGAGAAGCCCUUCGGCUGCGCCCACUGCGGCAAGGCGUUCGCCGACCGCUCCAAUCUGCGGGCGCACAUGCAGACCCACUCCGCCUUCAAGCAUUUCCGCUGCAAGCGCUGCAACAAAACAUUCGCCCUCAAGUCCUACCUGAACAAGCACUACGAGUCUGCCUGCUUCAAGGGAUCGCAGGAGGGAGAUUCCUGAGCCCGCGUG